GUCUACACUAGCUUCGAACUCAGGUCAACAAAAUAGAGUCUCUCUCUCUCUCUCUCUCUCUCUCUCUCUCUCUCUCUCUCUCUCUCUCUCUGUGUCUCUGUGGCUCAAUGUAUGAUGAAAGCUCUAGGAGUAGCGCGUCUGGCACCGCUUCGAGCCAACAGCGCGACGGCCUCGUAUCUGGAGCACGUAGUGAAAUGGAGGAGCAGAGUGGAGUCCAGGGCGGGAAUGAGAGGAGGAGGGCAACGAACACGAAGCUAUGAUCGCCCUCUUCACUAUCCUUUCCCCAAGCCAUCACGUUUUUCGUUCCAGUCACGCUUUUUGUCCCAUCUGGGUCUCUCAGGCUUGUCCCAUCUGGGUCUCUCAGCCUUGUCCCAUCUGGGUCCCAUCACGUUUUUCGUGCCAGUCACGUUCUUCAAGCUCAAGUCCCAUCUGGGUCUCUCAGGCUUUGACCGUCAACGAACCAUUCUGUGGCAAGCAGUAGCUUGCAAGGGGAUGGCUGGAUUCCAACCCGAGGCUGCUGCCGAUAAGCCAGAUGGCAAUCACCCAGAGGCUGCAGCACGAUCUGAGCCGUCGGCUGAGGGGAAGCCGCAGCUGCGGUUGCCGUACGAUGCCCAAGAUCAUGUUUCUGAACCUGGUCCGGAAUCUUGUCCGAAUCAGUCCCGAACAUGGUUCCGCGACGGCAAUCAGGUUUCUGAAGCAAGUGCGGGACGAAGUACAGAGUGCUCUGGCAGCGCCAGUGAGAGUAGCAGUGCUAAUAAUGUAACGAUUGACACGUGUCGUGCCGAGGUAGCUCCACGUGGCCAAAAAUGGAACAUGUCAGUUCGUGCGUUCGACAGUGGCAUCCGUUCAUCGCUCGACUCGUCAUUUCUUCUCCCCCCACCGCCCCCCUCGGAGGUCGACCUGUGGUGUGUGUUUCCCCAAGAUGUUGACGCUGGCUUUGACGAACUGGUGGAGAUUUAUGAUGAUGUCAUCACGGCUGAAGAGAAGAAGAAAAUAUACGCAACUGUGUCCUUGCAAGGGAGGAAGCAGCGGCUGCUAGCUCGUGUGCUUGUCCGAACAACACUCGCUCGCUAUUGUGAUGGAAGGCUAAAUCCAGGUGCGGACACGCUGAAGACGAAGCUGGAGCUAUGGCGUCGCAGGGACCCGUUGGCAGUUGCCCGGCGGUACUAUGCUCCAGCUGAAGUCCGAGCUCUCGAGAUAAUCCCAGAUGAAGCUAAGAGGCAGCGCUGGUUCAUGGAGCUGUGGACGCUGAAGGAAUCAUUCGUCAAAGCACUCGGGUUGGGUAUUGCCGCAGUUCCACUCAAGGAAUUCUCCUUCUGUCGUGACGAGGACGAAGCAAACAAGUCCGAAGAGAUAUCGAUGGCCCAGGUGCAACCAUGAAUCCUUUGUGUGAAAAAAUCGAAGAGCGUCCUUGGAAGAUCCAAGUCUGGCAAACACUUCCUUUUUUUCACUAUGAAAAAAUAAACCAUGAAGCGCUUUCUGUUCG